UCGUUUUAUCUCAUAUAUUCUCGUAUACUCAUCAAAUGAGAAAUUACCAGGAUUUUUUUCUCGUAAGACACAUUUCUCAUCCCUGAAAACAGAAAAAUAUCAGAAAGCUGCAAAUACCUUAACAAAAGAUGAAGUGGUUCACGGGUGGAAUUCCAGAGGCCAUCCUAAAAGCCAAAACCAGCCUCUCGGUAUUCAUUGUAUACGUAUCAGGUUAUGAUGAAGUCUCUAAGAAAAUGGAUGAAACGUGGGAGGAUAGUGCAGUCAGCAGGGAGUGUGAGGAGGGUCAUUGUGUUGGAAUUAAACUCCAAGCUAACAGCGAAGAGUGCCAGCAGUUUUCCCAGCUUUACCCAGUGGUAUGCAUUCCAUCUGCUUUCUUCAUUGGCAACAAUGGUGUACCCAUUGAGAUCACUGGGGGUCACAUAGAACCAGCACAAUUUGCAGCAAAGAUAAAAAAUGUUGUACAGAUGCACCAGUUACUCCACCCACAGCAACAACAACAACAACAACAGCAGCAGCUUUCUCAACCCUCCACAGAAACAGCAGCAACAGUAACAGCAGCAACAGUAACAGCAGUAGCAGGGGCCUCAGCACAAGUCCCAGCCAGCAGUGAAGACAAACAACUUGAGGAGGACUCCAGCCCAGUUCAGAGGCCUGGAGAAUCAGCUUCAGAUUUAGAAGCUAGAGUAGAAAGAGCCAAGCAACUCAUAGAAAUGAACAGGAUAAAGAAAGCCAAACAAAAGGAGGAGGAAGAGAAGAGGAAGGAAGUGGAGAGGAGGAAUCUGGGUCGUGACAUGGCAAGGUUCCGUGAAAUGAAAGCUGAAGCAGAAGCCAAGGAGUUACGUGAUCAGAUGAAGAAAGACAAAGAAGAAGAGAAGCUGGCAAGAAAAAGGGUGAAAGAGCAGAUAGAAAAGGACAGAUUAGAAAGAAAAGCCAGGUACGAAAAGGAAAAGCAGGAAAAAGAGAAGGCUAAGAAUGAGGCCAGAGAAGCGAAGGAGGAAGAACAGAGGAGGUCGCUCGAGGCGGCAGAAGCAGUCAAAAGAGAAACAGCUCGUAUCCAGUUCAGGUUACCAGACGGGUCUGCGCUGACGGAGCAGUUCCCCUCCCACCAGCCUUUACAAGCAGCCAAGGAUUUUGUGUGUCAGAAGCUGGGCAGUUCCUUUGGUCCAUUCCAACUCCAAAUGACCUACCCUCACAGGACGUUUGUGGACAGUGACAUGCAGACAUCUUUUCUAGACCUACAGCUUGCCCCCUCUGCUGUUAUCUUGGUGAAACCUGGCAAGGCUUCAUCCUCAGUGAAGCCCAGUGGUGGGGACUCUGGCUUGAUAGCUCUGAUACUGGCACCUUUCUUAUGGCUGUGGGGUAUUUUAUGCUCCAUGCUGUUUGGGUCACCCAGUCAGCCCAAGGGGGCAUACAACUCUCCCCAGGAGGCGCAGUCUCCACGGCAACAACAGUCCACACAACAGACAGAUCCAAGUCCGUUGACUUCAUCGUCAACACGAUUAAACAGACCAAAAACGGCUUACAAACGGAGGACCCCAAUAAGCACUACAGAGGGGAACGUGCAUAAAUUUAACAACCCAGGGGACGAAGAUGACGACACAGCUACAUGGAACGGGAACUCAACACAACAGAUGUGAAUAAGACUGAAAUAAGCUAGAAAUCACGGCCAAUCCCCUUUUCAAUCUAGAGUCUGACUACAAAGCCACAAUGAGCCUCUCACGGUGGUAACAUGUACCGAGUAGUAUUCAAGACUGUUACACGUAUAAACCAUAGGAUCUGACCCAUGAACGUGAUUUUUUCCUCAUGAGGGGUGACAGAUUUUAGCUUCAAUAUAAUAAUAUACAAUAUAUCUGUAAUCAGGAACAGAGUAACUCCUUACCAAAGAAGGCAUUUAUGGGGCAUUUUAGAGAGGAGGCCAGAGAUAAAAGAGUUUGUGUAUGACCUAAAUUUCAAAAAUUCCAGAAACACAACGUUGAACAUGACAUCAAUGUGCUGAUUUCACCUACAACAUUUCAUGAAAGUGAACCAUUGCAUUCAGAGAAAAUGGGUCAGUAAAUAAUGAUUUGAAAAAAAAUAAUGAUGCUGUCAUGAGAAAAAAGUGGCAAUAAUAGCACAACCUAUCAGGAUUUUUGUUUUGCUCUCCAGUUGACUGGCCCUCUUGGGAGUUCAAUAUUUAUAAUCAUUUUGGACUGGUUUUCACUUUGUGGUUUUAUGGUGACCUCUUUUUAUUAUGACUGUUGACUGCAGACACUUGGCUGCAUAACUGCAUGCUUUUGAGCAAUUUCAUUCAAUGAAUAGAAAAAAAAAACGAUCAUGUUGCAGCUCAAAAUAUUGAUAUGACCAAGUGGUGGUGGCUGAUAUUUUGAUACUUGCAGAAGAAAAAAAAUAAAACUUACCAAAAAUGCUUUUCAA